AUGGACCACGCCUCCUGGUCGUUCUCUUCUCUUUCUCCUCGUUCGCGCGCCGCUCCGUCCUCAUUCUUCCCCGGAAAGCAGCUCCUCCCUGGGAAGGCGCCUGAGCCGGCGAACGUACUGCAGGCACGAAAAGAGAUGGCGCAGGGACAGUUUUCUCUUGCAGCCUAUUUCCACGAGAAAAAGCUGAAGGCAACAGAAGUGCGAGAUGGAGGCGUGCGAACCCUGGCUGCGGAAGACAAUCGCCAUCCCGCAAUUCGCUCUCUGCCAAAGGACCACAGACAUCCCUCUUCUCUUCCUGGAUCCUCUUUGUCAGAUUCGUCGUCUUAUCUUUCGUGGUCUUCCUCGUCGAACUCCUCUGCAUCUUCUUCCUCUUCCUCAUCGUUUGCUUCCUUCUCCGCCUCGAGUUAUCUUGCUCUGUCAAAUGUUCUGCCGUGUCCGUCUCUGGUGGAGGCGUACAGAGAGACGCGCGGCAUCACAGCGCUGUUCCCUUGGCAGUUCGACUGCCUCUCUCUGACGCGCACUGCGUCGCCUUUUUCCAGGGAGGCGCACCCGUCAAACGCAUGCAGGUCGCCACAGAACGAGGAGGCGCGGGCAGCGCGUGCGGUAGCCACGCACGGACUUGGCGCCGCUUCUCCCCCAGUGAAAAGCGAGCGAACCGGGAACGAAACGGAAGGCGACCAUAGGCGGAGACAGGCACCACGGCCGGAUCCUGGGGUGUACGUACACCCCGCCACGGAGACUGCGCCACUGGAGUCCAGUCCAGGUCUUCAGCUGAGGCGACACCCGUCCGAGAGAAGCCACCAGCAAGCGGCGUCCAGAGCGCCUUUUCCCCGCGUUCGCCGCGUCAUCGAUGGAGGCCUAAACCUUUUGUAUUCAGCUCCCACGUCAGCCGGCAAGAGCCUCGUCGCUGAAAUUCUCGUCUUCCGCCACGCGCUCGGGCUCUUGGGGCACCCUCUUCGCGUCGGCAAGCGUAGCGGCGACUCGGGAACCGUCUUACCCUUCCCAACGCGUGCGCUACACCUCGCAGAGAAUGAGGACGAGAGCGUGGACGCAAAGAGACGGCGAGUGGUGCCUCUGCCAGAAACGUCUUCGAUGACUUCACUUCCGCCUUCCGAGGCCGCGUCCGAGUCCGCACUUGCCUCGUGUUCGCUUUUGCCUUCUCUCUCGUCGGCGUCUUCGUCCACGGCUUUCCCCGCCUCGUCGUCUCCCCCGCGUCGCGCGGCUGUGAUUGUCCUCCCCUUUGUCGCACUCGUGGAAGAGCAGUUCAGCAAGCUGCAGGCGCUGGCUUCCGCUUCGCCAUCUCCGUUGAAAGUUGUCGCGUUCCACCACGGCAGUCCGACUCCCCUGACGGAGGCGUUCGAUGUCGCCCUGUGCACCAUCGAAAAGGCGAACGCGCUCAUCCAGGCACUCCUCGAGGAAAACGCCCUGGCAGAGAAGAUCGGGAUCGUCGUCGUCGACGAGCUCCACAUGGUCGGAGACGCACAGCGCGGCUUUCUGCUCGAAGUCUUCCUUUCGAAACUGUUGUGCUUCAACCAGAGACGCGCCGCGCUCGAGGCUGCGACGCUCAACCGCGCGCCAGACGCCGAAGAAGACGGCGGGGACCACGGAGGAAUCGAGGGGCGGGACGAGGCACGAACCAGGAAGAGAAGGAGAGCGAGCGCGGACAUUGAAGCGGAGGACGCGCAAACGGCGCCGGGAGGCUCGCGCGCGCCGCACGAAGCGCCCGAGUCGCCCUUGACGGCCUCGUCGCUUUCUCCCGCCCCGCGACUCACCUUCUGGCCAGUCCAGAUUGUCGGGAUGUCGGCGACGCUGGGGAACCUCGAUGAGGUUGCGCGCUGGCUCUCGGGCGUUUCCUUCGUUUCCUCGCACCGCCCUCUGCCUCUGCGCGAAUUCUACUUCUGCUGGGAUAAGAGCGACCCGGAGUGUCUUCUCCUGGAGAAGGCGUCUCGCCCUUCGGCUUCCCCUGCGUGGGCGGCGGUUCCGUUUCCCAGUGAAGAAAAGGCUCUCCUCUUGAGCCAAGACGAGGAAGGCAGUCCGCCGACGGUGGCCUCCGCGCCUAUCUCUGGCAGUGGAUCCUGCGCUUCGCGAUCGUCUCGCCGGGGCCCUCGAGACUCGCCUCAGUUUCCUCCGCGGCACGCUGGGGCCUUGCUGUCUCUCUCCCUCCACCGCGUUCGCCGAGGCGACAGCGUCUUGGUCUUCUGCCCCACCAAAGUGAUCUGCGAGAAAGUCUCUGCUUUCCUCGCGCCGAGACUCGAAGCACCGAUUGCCUCCUCCUUCUCGCCUUCCGUGUCGACGCCAGCUGCUCUCUCUCCUUCCUCCCCUUCUUCCUCCCCUUCAUCUUCUUCUUCCUUUUAUUCCUCUUUCGCGGAUUCUGCUGAAGGCGUUCGCGAGGCGCGUUCUCUUCGCGCGGUUCUUUUGUCCCGUCUGGCCGCUAGCGAGGGAGGCUCUUUCUCGCUCUCGCCCGCUCUAGCGUCGUGCUUCUUGGCGGGCGUCGCCUUUCACCACUCUGGACUGACUUCUUUCGAGCGCAGAGCAGUCGAGAAGGCGUACCGAGACGGCCUCCUGCUGGUGCUCUGUGCCACGUCGACGCUCGCUGCGGGCGUCAAUCUCCCGGCGAAGCGAGUGAUCUUCUUUUCUCCGUUUAUCGGCCGCAACUUCCUCGCCGCCGGCGAGUACAAGCAGAUGGCGGGGCGCGCGGGGCGCGUGGGCGCGCUGAAGAGCAGAGACGCCCGCGACGGAGAGGCGAAGACGGCCCCUGGCUACCGGGGCCAAGGCGGCCGGUCCGGAGGCUGCGGUGUAUCGAGCGGCGCCGUGCAAACGAGGAGGGACCAAGAAGCGAGACGUGGCGGGAAGCGAGAGAGCGCGCACAGGGCGCGGGAGAGCGAGGACGGAGAACAAGGGCGGGGCGGAGACGGGCUGGCGGAGAGGGGAACAGGGACGGAGGAAGACGAAGGAGGGGAAGCAAUCGUUCUUUGCCGGGAAGUCGAAGAAGAAGCAGUCAAGCGCGUCAUGUCGGCGGGGUUACCCGUUCUCGAGAGUCCCUUGGCCGCGGAGCGUCACGGUCUCCAGCGGCUCCUCCUCGAGGCGCUGGCCUGCGGAGGCGAGGACCGCCUGGACGGGUUCUCGAAGGCAACCGUGCAAGCAGAGCAAGAAAGGGAAAGUGAGAGGCAGAAUGGAAAAGACAAGUCGAGCCUCGCCAGCGACAGACCCCGCGGAUGGUUUGGCGGCACCUGCUCGGAACUGGUCCUCGUCGCUUCCUGCACUUUGUUGAUGAUUCAGAGACACCGGCAUGCGCUCUGCGCGACUCCUUCAGGCGCGUCGUCCGCUUCGUUGCCUGGUCUCUCUGUGCAUCCCUCCUCUUCUCGCGCCCUUCCGCGUCGUUCCUCUGAGGCAUCUUGCUCCUCUCGGGCUGCGUCGCACAGCCGCUCUUCUUCCGCUCUCCCGUCUCCAAAGUUCUGUCCUUCUCGCGCCCCUCCAAGCGCUGCCGCCCCUGCCUCCUGCUCGUCUUCGUCUCCGACUCGCUGCUCGGAGAGCCCUCGAGCCACGUUACAGCAGUCCCCUGUGUAUCGAGACGUAAAGGCCGCGAUGGAGUUUUUGCUAGAGAGAGGCCUCGCGAGGUUCUCCUCUUUUCGAGAUGCCUACGAGGCGACACCCAAGGGCCGAGCUAUCGCGGCGAGUCAGCUCGCUCCGCAAGAAGGCUUCCUCACUUGCGCCCUUCUCGAUCGUCUCGUUGACAAACUUGUUCUCUCCAACGACCUCCACCUCGCGUACCUCUCUGUUCCUCUCCCUUCGUCUCCCCCGCCUCCUCCCUCUCCUUUUCCCGCUUGUUUUCCUUCCUCUUCUUCCUCUCCCGUGUCGUCUCCUCCCGCUUCUUCGUCCGGCUCUGCUUCCUGUUCUCCCUCUGCUUCAUCGCCCUCUUUGUCUGGUGCUGCGACGCCGUCGCUUUGUCCGGAAACUUACCUUCCGCGUUCCCUGAAGGGCGAGACGAAGGCUGAGGGCGGAGGGGACCCUCUGCUGGAAAACGACGAGAGGCGGAUCGCAGGACGGCUGAGACGAAAGGAACACUCCGGCCACGGCCCGCUCCAGGAAGAAGCCGGUGAAGCCGCGUCGGCUGUCGAGAGAGACGGAGCGCUGGAGGCUCGUGAGCGAGCGCGUCUGGAGCUGGACGGGCGCCAGGCUGAGGACAAAAAGAGAGAUGAACGGAUGCUUCGGUUCAAGAGAGAACGCGAAGAACUUGCGUUUGCUCUGUCACGCCGAGAACUCCAAACCCUGCAAAAAGUACUGAAAGCUUUCUCGCCUGCAGAAAGUUUUGCACUCGCACAGCUCGGUCUCUCUGAAGUCGACGUCGAAAACUUGGACGCUCCCGGAUUCUUACAAAAGCACAGCCCCUCUGAUACCAGUCAGACCGCCAUCGCUUCCUCUCAAUCGUCUUCCUCUGCCGCUUCCUCGGCUUCUUCGUCUUUGCCUCGACCGUCUCUCUGUGCGUUGCAGGGGCGUCGGUUCUUCAUUGUGUGGCGCGUGCGUCAAGCUCUGGCCCUCUGUCUCCUUCUGCAGGGCCUGGAGCCCAAGGCGGUCGCGGCGACGCUAGCCGUCUCCGGCGGUCUCUCCGCGGUCUCGCUCCUGCACCAGCAAGCGACGCUCAAAGCGGCGAUGACGGGGGUCCUUUGCACGCGCCUGGGUCUCUGGUCGCUCGCGGAGUUUCUGAAGAAUUUCCAGACGCGCCUGCAACACAGCGGCCUAGGUCUCCACCUGGCUCCGAUUCUGCGCCUGGGUGUCGCUCCUUCUCUCGCACGCCUCCUCCACGACCAGUUGGGUGUAUGUACACCCCAGCAACUCCUCGCGGUCGGUCCGGCGCGCGUCGCGAAGGUUCUCCGCAGGCGGCUGAAGCUCAACCUGGGGCGAGCCGCGGGAAAGGGCUCCCAUGCGUGCAGGGGUCGGCGGUCGCGCGCGGGGCUUCCGAGAGAAAAAACUGCGCCGAUGUACCAGGUCUGCAACGGCGAAGAAACCGAGGCGCCCCUCGCCUCUUUCGCUUCCGCGCGCUCUCCUCGCUCUCCGUCCUUCUCGACGUUUUUCCAGGCAGACCGCGCAGCCGCCGAAGUGACGGCUGACUUGUUCUCGCACGCGCGCACGCAGCUGCUGGCCGAGGUGGGAAGAGCCCCGAGACUGUACCGCUCGAAAUCCAACUCUUUGCGCUUCGUCCCUGUCUCUCGCGCGCGUCGUCUCAGCUCCGAGCGCGGCUACUCGUGUAAUUUGGGUCCUCCGCGCACUCUCCCUUCGGACGUCGGAGAGCGCGAAACGACCGGCGUUGUGUCUUCGUUUUGUCUGUCAGGCUCGCAAGGCAAGGCCAACAGAGUCGCCGCCGUCCGUCUCUUCGUGGCGUCGGCGUGCUUCGCCUUCGGCACCCAGCCCGUUUUCCCCGUCCUCCCUCCCUUUGGCAUUUUCCGGCGCUUCGCCUGGACCCUCUUCUCGCGGCACAGUUCCGUCUAUCCCCUCUGCAACCAGUCACGGUUCUUCAGCUGUACCUUGUCUCCGAAAAUCUACCAGGGCGUCGGCCUCCCCCCUCGCGCCUCCUUCCGUCUCUGUGUCGUCUUCCUCAUCUUCACACCAACGCUCUCUCCCCUCGUCUUCGUGGGAGGGCGCGAAGCCUCGGCAGGACUCCGCCUUCCUCUGGUAAAAGAAGCGCGUCCAAAUAGGGAUCUCCUGUGCGGAGGAAGCGCAGCCCACAGCGUCUGCGUCAGCCGUCGACACGGCCUGCCUCGCUUGAGUCGCGCCCUCGCCGCUGGCAGCAAGGGAAAGGGAAACGCGCAGGACGAGGGAAGAGCGGAAGAAAAUCGGGGCCAAGAAGCAAGAUCCGUCGCCUACCUGGAGGAAGUAGAGCGACGACGAGCCGCGCUCUCGGCUCCUCGAGUUGGUGAAGACGAAGACCUCGACGCCAUUCUGGCAGCCGACGAGGCGAGACGUCGCCGUCUUGCGAUGUCUCUCGGAGGCUCUCGAACGCGGGAGGAAGCAGGAACGGUGCGGGGAAGUCGCGGCCUCUGUGGAGGAAUCAAACCCCCUGCUGGUCGCACACAGAGCGAAUGCACCCAGAAGACAGACGUCGACAUUCUCGAUCUCGCCGUCGGCGACUCAAACCCAGGCGCUUCCGAAGGCGGACCAAACUGUCUGCUCGACUCAGGGCCGGUCGCCGAUCCAAGGGCUCUGCUCCUUCCCGAGAAUGCAAGAUCCACAGAAUCGAACAGAGGAGACAGCAAAGGAGGAAAAGAAAGCAAAGGAAGAAAAGAACGCGGAGGACGAGGAGACAGCGAAGGAAGUCCGGAUGCCAGCAGUGGCGGUGGGCGGAGGGUUGGGGGAGAGGAAAUCUCUCUGUUGCCAGCCUGUCCGUCGCUUGAGGGGUUGCAACGCGUUGCUACCGACUGGCUACGGUUGCAGGAGAGAACCGAUCAAGCGAAAGAAGUAGAACGCGGAGACGAACGAUCGGAGGACAGCGAACCGAGAGGCGCGAACAGAGACCACGGACGCGCAGGGGAAGGCGACGAAAGCGAGGGGAAAGGGGACGAGGACGGCGCCUUGUCUGUUUCGUUUUCGGAGGACGGAGCGAGCCUUCGCGAAGCCUUCGUAGGUCGUGCACAGUCGGCCGUCGCAGAAGGCCGGUUUUUUGCUGUUUUUCACGAGGGGAGACAAACUCCGGAAGGCAAGAGUCCUGGGCAAGGCGCGCGCUGCCCGCGCACGUCUUUCCAGGAUUUACCGGGUUUCUGUAUCCCCGAAGAGUUUCUUCUUCCCGUCUUCGUUGGCAGUGGAUGGACGAGUCGAGAGAAGGUCGAGAGAGAACGCGAGUCACGCGUUCCGUUGUUUUCGCGUGCUGGAUCGUCCCGGGUCUCGCUGCAUUCUUCGUGUGCGCCCGUCGCUGCCAGGCAGCUCCUCGACCUCGUUGAAAAGAGCCCUUUCCUGGCAGUUUCCGUCCUUCAUGCUCGAAGACGGAAGCGCGAAAUCACGCACAAGCUGUCGCCCCGGCAACACUCAGAACGCCGGCAACCUCCCUUUGCUUCGUUUUCUUCUCCGUGUCCCGCUGCUGUCCCCGAUGCAUCGUCAGGGACAGAAGCGAAAGAGAGACGCUGUGCGCCAAGUCGCUUGCGGCGCGCGCGAGAGGAAGCGGCGCAGACAGAGACGGACGAAGAUGACGCCCUUGUCGGAAAUGUGUUCUCUCAGAGAGAGAGCUCGCAAAUGCCAAGCGAAUCCGACCUAGCGGAGCGUACGCACCGCGAGACAGUUCCACUCGGCCUCUGUUUGUCCUCGCCGUUCUUUGGAACUUUCCUUGUUCCUCUGGGCAUCGCCACUGCCCUCUUCACCCGCCAUUCUUCAUCUUCCUCCUCUCCUGCUUCCUCUUCUUCCUCUUCUUCCUCUCCCUCUUCCUCCUCGUGUGCUUCCGCGUCGUCCACCUCGGCGGUCUGUACGUCUGCCUCGUCGUGUUCUCUGUCUGUUUCCUCUCUUCCUCGCCUCUCCUCCCUCGCGUCGCUCUGCACUCCGCAAAAAUGCAAAAGGCGACUCGUGCUGGUCCGCGAUCGGCACGCGUGGCUGGAGUGGAGUGACGGCCUCGCAGGAGAGGCGCGCGGUCGAACAGAAGAAAACGCAUCAGAAACAGGAGAAAAGGAGGGAGAAAAAGGGGUUGCGGCUGAGGCGCGGAUGGGGGGAAGAGAAGCGGAAGAAGCGCACGCAAGCGUGAGCGAGGGUGGCGAUCUGCGAGGGACGAAUCAAAAGGUGCAAUCCCUCAUUUCUUUGUUGCGCAACGCGACUGCCGUGGACGUGAAACUUCCGCACCUGCUUCUGAAGCGCCGCGCCCCUCCUUCCGUCCUGCAACGCGCAGAGGCGGAACUCCUCGCUCUUCGCAAACACGAGCGAGAAGAAGACGAGGCGGAAAGUCAGGAGGCGUAUUUGCUGGGGUUGUGGGGGAGCAAGGUUCUCGUCAGCGCGCGGCUGUCGGAGGAAGAGAGCGCGAGCCAGAGAGGAACGGAGGCGAAGCAGACGGAGCGGCAACUCGACUCGUUCGAAACGUGGGAGAGACGACGCACAGCCUGGAUUCACGCGGUGUCUCGACAGCUCGACGAGACCCGCGGUGGAUCGACGCCGAACGCGGACGCGCAGAGGCGAGAAAGAGAACGCGCCGAAAGGCGAAGAAUCCGCCGCAUCGAGAAAGCGAUUGCGCUCGCUGUCGAGGCGAACUGGCGAAGGAUCUGCGCUUCUGCGGUUCUCGCCGAAGAACUCCGUCAACACGGUCUCCUUGAGGUGUAUCUACACCUCGAAGCGCCCCUCGCGCGAGUCGUCAAUGCGAUGGCGCGCCGCGGCCUCCCCGUUGAUUCGGCUUUCCUCACCAGCCAGGCGGAUCGGUUUCGGCGUCUUCUCCACGCUCUCCAGCUCCACUUUUGCCGCCUCGCGGGCUCCUCGGUGGAUCCCCUGAGCGAGGCGAGUCUGGCGGCUGUACUCCUCCAUGUUCAGCAGAGCCUCUCGCACAUGCCUUGCUUGUCAGCGCCUCAGAAAAUGCUUUCUUCCCCUUUUCUCUCAGGCGCCCCUGGCCCGCGCUGUGCUCUGCCAGGCGUGGCCAACGCGCGCCGGGAGGCGAGCGGGAAACGAGGAGGGGGAGAAGCGGCGCUGGAAGGCAACGGGGGCCGGGGAUCGAAGAGCGGAUGCGAGCGAGGUGGAGGAAAGCAGAGCCAAGACGAGGGAGAAGCACAACUCUGCGGGGAACGGGAGGGCGAGGCGCGGGGUUCUUCGACGGGCGUUGGGGGAGGACAGACAGGACAGCGUGCGGCGACAAAGUCUUGCCUCGGUUCGCCGUUCUCGGGAGUCGCUGAAGACCUGUCGCAAAUGCUGACAAAGCUUGUUGUAACCGUGAACGGGGCUGCCAAAGACGACACCGACGACGAACCCGACGACGACCUUCUCGCGAUGCUCCUGCGCCGUCUCGACCCCUUCUCGCCCUUUGCGACUGCGCUCUUGGCGUUUUUUGGGGUGUAUGUACACCUCACAGCUGUCCAGACGCUCCUCGCCGAAAUGCAGGUCAACCGGAGUCUUGGCACAGAUGCCUGUUCGUGCGUGUCGAGCUCUCUUCGUCGCAGCCAGAGCGCGCAAGGGCGGCGUCUCUCUCGCUCGCUGGCUCCGGCGCUGGACGGCGAAGCAGAUAAAGAGAGAGGAGAAAUCGAGAGUGCGAAAAUGGAGAGGAGGGCGGAGACAGAGGAGACCCUGACGCUCGCGGAGAAUCUGCAAGCGCUAAGGCGGGGCGGCGAAAACAGCGGCGCUGUAGAACUUCGCCUGCCUGUGCGCAUUCAAGAGUGGGAAAAUGCUGCCGGGCGCCUUUUGCCUGAGCAUCCGUACGCUCUCCGAAAGCUCCACGCACUCGUUCAUUCCCCCACUCCCUCGGUUUCCACCGGCGCGGAGGGCCGGAGAGAAGACGGCGAGUGGAAUCUGCAGAGGCGCAACGUGAGUCUCCAAAAGUCGCGAGAACAAGAGUCGUUUGCUGUCAACACAGGCGCUUGUCUCGCAGAAGACGGGACGACUAGAUUUCCUGCGAGACUCGAAGGAACUGGGCGGCGAGAAGGCGAGAGCCUGACGGCAGGAGAGGGGAAAACACACAGGCGCGCAGACAGCUGCGUUUCAGGGGCAAGACGAGACAGGAGACCCGCAGACGCAGUUGGCCGUUGUGACGGCGGGAAGCGCGAUGAGGAAGGCGCAGCGGCUGGUGCGGGGGAAAGUGGAGGCAGACAGCGAGGAGAGACCCAGCACGCCUCGCUGGAGACCCCGUCCCCUUCACUGGACUUCUCCGUCACGCUUCCGGCCUGGAUCGAUCCGCACCUCGCGUUUCAUCUCUCUCACGCCUCGCAGCGAGAGGUGCCGUCAAGACAGAAACCAGAAGAAGCGAGUGCGACAAUGAGAGAGCCAGGGGAAGACCGACCGCGCACGGGUGACGCUCCGUCGACCUCUCUCGUGCACCCAAGAAGACAGACUCAGGAACCCUGCCGCUCUUCUCCCGCUUUGCUGGCACGAGCAAAGGGAGACGAAAAAGAGGGAGAAAAAGACGGAGACGGGCAAGAAGACGCGGAAGCGACAGGACGGAACCCGCAGAAGAGAAGGGAAAAGGCGAAGCAAGACAUCUACACUUUGCUGGGUAUUCCGUUAGUCGGCCCAGAAAAGGAACCUGUUCGGGUGUACGUACACCCGAGGCGUCCGCCAACCUACAGAAUGGACACCCGCGUCGGUGGUCUGUCUCCUCAAGGCCGUGCCGUCUUCGAGAGCGGAAAGGAGCCGGAAAGAGAGGAACGUGUGAGAAUGCAGAGCCGAGUCCAAGCCGAAACCGAGACUCUCGCCAACUCCUGCGUGCGUGGGCCACAGAGAGCACCAACGAAUAGGGCGACAGAACACAAAACAGAGGUGCAAGGACGAGAAGGAGGAAGAGACACACAAAGCAGAACGGUGGAUCGGCUUGCAGCGGCUCGACCGAGAGGAGAAGCUUUUCUUCUCUCUCUUUCUCUGACGGACCGGCGACGCGAGGAACUGCGGGUCUUCAGGUCCAGCUUUCUUCGGCUCCGCGUCUCUCCACCCACGCCUUUUCUGUGUGCGCGAGAUGAAGGGGAAGCGGAGAACGGAGGUGCGGAAGCGCACGGGGAAGGCCGCGGCUCUGGAGGCGGUGGUGCGCCCUUCGCUGGACACGCGCGAGUCCCCCGAGAGGACGGGAAGGGAACCUGUCGGCGAAGACGCGUCGACGUCGGAGCUAUGGUUGUGUUUCUGGACGACGUAAAACGCCUCGAGGCGCGCCUCGCUUUGCGGGGGCGCGAGCCCAGCGAGACGCCCCUCGUCGAGAAGAUGCAGGCCUCGAAAAGUGCGAGACGCCUCCAGAGAGAAAUCGAAAGACCGCAAACGCUUUCGGAGACGACGCGGCCGCUGCCUGCAGAGCGCGAAGCGAACCGAGAGGGACGCGGACGGGACGACACUGACACAGACCAAAGGAUUCUUUCAGAGUGGAAAGAGAAAUGUAUCCACUUUUUCCCCGCCUCCCACGUGUCGCGCGUCGACGCGCCGCUUGUUCUCUUCUCUCCAGGGAAGCCAAGUAUCGAGUCCCCUUGCAGAGAAGAAGAGGAAGGCGUUGAUCUUCGAGAUAUUGCCGUGGCCAGCGAAGGUCGCGUGCUCAUGGCAGUGGAAGUGGAGUAUCUGGAGCUCCUCAUCUUCACCUACCUUGCGCAGCGCGAACCUCUCCGAAAGCUGGUCAGUUCGCUUCUCGGCUGUUCUUCCUCCGCCUCGGCGAGCGAGGAAGAGCGACGGGAAGAUCUGACUCGUCUCUCCGCCCUGCUGCACUCCCUUCUCUCUUCGUCCUCGCCGCACCUCUGGUGCAUGCAAGAGCCGGAGGCGGCGGGAAAGGCGAAGGCAGACUGUCACGAAAGACGAGGGGAGCAUCGAGGACGGCGCGACGAAGUGUUCAAGCAGGUUCUCCUCGACGCCCUCCAGGGGUGGCUGGGCGAGGCGCGCGAACAGCCUUUUUUCGCGCCUGCUUGCGCUCCAGAAGGCCUCGCCUUUCUUCAGGCAACCCGGCAGCUGAUGACUGUGAAGGGACAGAGACGCGGCGUUUCCCAACGAAGACACCUCCACCGAUGUCGGCAGAUCCUCCGGGCAGCGGAAGCGGAGGCUGUCAAGUGCAUGCUCCUGGCGCUGGCAUGCGAAGAGGACCAGGAUGGACCAGAGACCGAAGAAUACAGCGAAGGAACAGACGCGGCGUAUGCCGAGAAAAGAGAACUAGGAGGUACAGCCGAGGAUCCGCAGGAGGCGUCUCCGCCGGCUGUCUCGCCGGACUCUCGGAGGCGUCGGCACAGCGCCGAGUCUCUGUGCUGGAGACAAAACGGGAGGUGUCUAUCCUUCUUCCCCGUUUUGCCUCUCUCCAACGGGAUGCUGCUCGAAGUCUGCGCAGCCCAUCGAGAAGCGAUCAGGUGA